AGUCCCGCCUCCACGUGCUGAUAGCGCUCUGGCAUUGGUGGAGACUCCAGCGAGACCUCGGUGUCCAGAAAGGACCCCAGGUUGCCUUGGGCCAGGCGGGGCGGAUGGCGACUAUCAAAAAGAAAUAGGAUCAUGGCAGCAGAUGAUGACAAUGGUGAUGGAACAAGUUUAUUUGAUGUCUUUUCUGCUUCUCCUCUUAAAAAUAAUGAUGAAGGUUCUUUGGACAUAUAUGCUGGGUUGGACAGUGCUGUUUCUGACAGUGCUACCAAAUCCUCUGUACCAUCCAGAAAUUGUUUGGAUUUAUAUGAAGAAAUCCUGACUGAAGAAGGAACUGCAAAGGAGGCAACAUAUAAUGAUUUGCAGGUAGAAUAUGGAAAAUGUCAGCUGCAAAUGAAAGAGCUGAUGAAAAAGUUUAAGGAAAUACAGACACAGAAUUUCAGCUUAAAAAAUGAAAACCAGUCUCUUAAGAAAAAUAUCUCAGCACUUAUCAAAACUGCCAGAGUGGAAAUAAACCGCAAAGAUGAAGAAAUAAAUAAUCUUCACCAAAGAUUGUCUGAGUUUCCACAUCUUCGAAAUGCUCAUAAAACUUCAAGGACACCAGAUAUAGUUAAAACAAAAGGUCUUAAAUCCAGAUCUCUCCAUUUGGAUGAUUGUUCAAAGACUGAUCACAGAGUGAAAAGUGAUAUUUCUAAAGAUGUACAUCAUAGCACUUCACUGCCAUACCUCGAAAAGGAAGGAAAAUCACAUUCUGAAAAAAAGGGCGCUUCACAUUUGCCUACAUCUGUUGAAAAACACUCCACCAAUGGCAUUUGGUCACGUUCCCAUUAUCAGGUUGGUGAGGGUAGUUCCAGUGAGGAUCACAGAAGAGGAAGGAAAGAUAGUAGACAUAGCCAGUACUGCAGAGGGACUGACAGAAUACGAAAAGACUUGAACACUAGCUGUGGUGAUGGUGAACCGAGGAACAUAGAGGCCAGUCAGAGGCUACAAGGACAUCCUGAGAAAUAUAGUAAAGGUGAACCAAAGGCUGAAAGCAAAAAUUCAAAGUUUAAAAGUAACACAGAUUUGGAUUAUAAAAAUGAACGCAGUAGCUCUUCUUGGGAGAAAGAAAGCUCUAGAGACAGGUCACACACUCGACUAGAAUCUCAAAGUGACAAAAAACUCGAAAGACAAAGUGAAAGAUCACAAAAUAUAAAUAGAAAAGAACUUAAAUCACAAGACAAAGAAGAAAGGAAAGUUGAUCAAAAACCUAAGUCAGUAGUAAAAGACCAGGAUCAUUGGAAAAGAUCUGAACGAGCAUUGCUUCCUUAUUCCAAGAAGGAACUAGCAAAAUCUUCUCAUAAUUCAAGUAAAUACCAUCCAGAAGAGAGAAGAGGCCGGGAAGAUUGUAAAAGAGACAGGGCUGUGAGUAAUCAUAGUUUUCAAGAAGGAAGAUGUCCGUCCUCUCUUUCAACCAAUAGAACUCACAAACAUGUUGACUCUAAGGAAGUUGAUGCUGUGCACCAAUGGGAAAAUGCACCUUUAAGGGUAGAAAGGCAUAGAACUGAAGAUAAGCGGAAAAGAGAACAAGAGGGCAAAGAAGAAAAUAAGCAUAUGAGAAAUGAAAAGAGAGUACCUGCAGAACAUCUGCAGAAGACAAACAGAGAGACUAAGAAAACCGCUACAGAUUUAAAGAGACAGAAUGAGCCAAAAAAUGAUAACGGUGAAGUCUCUAAUAAUGAUGUUUCUGAAGGAGUGGAUGAUAAAGAGCCAGCAGUUAAAGCUGAGAAUGGUUCAAAUGAAACACAAAACAAAGACUUAAAGUUAAGCUUUAUGGAAAAAUUGAACUUAACUCUUUCUCCUGCUAAAAAGCAGCCUGUUUCUCAGGAAGAUCAGCAUAAAAUAACCGAUACUCCCAAAUCUAGUGACAUAUGUGAUUUGGAGUCCUUGGUGCAGGCUAAAACUGUGACAUGUAUUCCCUCUGUCAGUGAACAGAUCACAGAGGAAACCAAAUCAGAGUUAUUGGAACCAAAGGAUGCUCUUACAGCAGCAUCUGAACCCAGGACCAGUGUUUCAGAAAGGAAAAUAGAAGAAGAAAAUAGUUUGUUCAUUAAAUCUGUUGCGGAUACUGUGCAUUGUGAUAUGUCCAUCUGUGGCACAGAGAUUUCCUUCUCAGCAUCUGUGGAAAUGCAACAAACAGAAUCCUUGUUUCCAUCAUCAACAGAAAUGGAACAGACCAUUAAUGGUGCCAGGGCAGCAGUUCCUGUGGUAAUGGACACAGUACAAACAAAUGUUUCUCAAAACUUUGGUUUGGAAUUGGAUACCAAAAGAAAGGAUGACUUAAAUUCUUGUAGUAUUUCCGAAGAUACAGAAAUGAAGGAGCCUUUUUCAACCAAAGUGACCGAAUCCAAUGAAAGCAUUUUGCAGCCUUCAAUUGAAGAAGCUGUCAUUUUGCCAACAGUCCUUUCAGAAGAUGGUAAACCAAACCUUGAGCCUUCUCUUGUAGAUGCACCACUGGUUGAGAGUAAGUCUUGUCACUUGGAGCCUUGCUUACCUAAAGAGACUCCAGAAUCUUCACUUCAGCAGACUGAGUUAACGGACCACAGAAUGGAAAUUGGUGAAGCAAACUCAGUAUAUCACGACGAUGAGAACUCGGUUCUGAGCAUUGACCUUAAUCAGCUGAGACCUAUUCCAGAAGCCAUCAGUCCUCUGAAUAGUCCCGUGAGACCUGUAGCAAAAGUUCUUAGACUGGAAAGCCCAUCUCAAGUUCCAUUAUAUAAUAACAGUCAUAAAGAUGUGUUUCCACCAAAUUUAGCUCAUUCUGCCUCCAAGAGUCAGUCUGAUCUCAAUAAGGAAAAUCAAAAGCCAAUUUGCAAAUCUGACAAAUUUACAGAAGCAGACUCCCACAAGAAUUCAUCUCUAGAUGAAUUAGAAGAAGGAGAAAUUAUAAGCGACAGUGAAAAAUCUGAACCACAAAAACGUUUUGACAAAAGUACCAACCCAAGAGCUUCUGCUGAAGUGCAGAACACAAGAACUAACCCAGGAAGUAGGAAAAGCACUGUGCAUUUGGAUGAAGACAAUAGGAAGAUAUCUUCUAUAAAAAUCCAUCAGACCAAAAGCAAAUGGAAUAAAAGACGAACUGAAUCUAGCAGAUCUUCAAAAACAGAGAAGAAAGAUAGGUUAGUGGGCACUUCCAGCCUGGAAAAAAUAGUGCCAAUUAUUGCUGCACCCUCUUCUGUCCGAGAGGUUGUGCACAUGUUACGAAUGAUAAGAAAACAUGUAAGGAAAAAUUAUAUGAAAUUCAAGGUAAAAUUUUCAUUAAUACAAUUUCAUAGAAUUAUUGAGUCAGCAAUUUUGAGUUUUACAUCACUAAUUAAACACCUUGACUUAUCCAAAAUCUCUAAGUCAGUGACUACUUUACAGAAGAAUCUCUGUGAUGUUAUAGAAUCCAAACUUAAGCAAGUUAAAAAGAAUGGCAUCGUGGAUCGUUUAUUUGAACAGCAGCUACCAGAUAUGAAAAAAAAAUUGUGGAAAUUUGUAGAUGAACAACUUGAUCACUUGUUUACCACGCUUAAGAAAAUCUUAGCAAAGUUUUGUGACUCCAUAAACAUUGGCAGUGACAGUGACGAAGGAAAACUUGAAAAGAGAAAUAAAGAGAAAGCACAAUAUUCAAAUUGUCAGAAGGGGAACGUAGGCAGCUCCAGCAAAGAAACGUUGAAGGAGAAACCCCCCAAAUCAGAAGAUUCUCGUUACUCUAAGUCUUCAGUAGGUUGCAAAAAAUCGGAGGAAAAACAUCAAGAGCAAAAUAAUUCCAGUAUUAACAGAGUAAAGCACAACAUUAAAAAAAGUACUAACACUUGCUUUGGUAAUAUUAAGAACCCUCAAUUUGAAGAGGCGUCCUUGGAACCAAACUGCCCGAAGGCAGGAAAACUGGAAGGCAGUACCAUAGAGGACUCACAGGCAUCCCAGCACGCUGCUUUGAAGCCAGAACGCAGUUUUGAGAUUCUUACUGAGCAGCAAGCAUCUAGCCUUACUUUUAAUUUAGUGAGUGAUGCACAGAUGGGAGAAAUAUUUAAAAGUUUGUUGCAAGGUUCUGAUCUUUUGGACAACAGUAUUAACUGUAACGAAAAAAGUGAGUGGGAGUUAAAGACACCAGCGAAACAGAUGCUAGAGACUCUUAAAUGUGAAUCUCUACCAGUUUGUACAACGGAAGAGCUCGUUUCAGGAGUGGUUUCUCCCUGUCCUAAGAUGAUUAGUGAUGAUAAUUGGUCAUUAUUGUCAUCUGAGAAAGGUCCGUCUCUGUCUUCAGGGCUUUCAUUGCCAGUUCAUCCUGAUGUGUUGGAUGAAAGUUGUAUGUUUGAAGUGUCCACUAACAUAUCUUUAAGUAAAGAUAAUGUAUGUAGUUCAGAAAAGAGUAAGCCCUGUGUUUCCUCCAUACUUCUUGAAGAUCUAGCAGUCUCUUUAACAGUACCAUCACCUCUGAAGUCAGAUGGUCAUCUCAGUUUCUUAAAGUCAGAUGUUUCGUCUAAUUCAACGCCCGAAGAAGUUAUUAGUGCCCAUUUUAGUGAAGAUGCCUUACUUGAGGAAGAGGAUGCAUCUGAACAGGACAUUCAUUUAGCCCUGGAGUCUGAUAAUUCAAGCAGUAAAUCAAGUUGUUCUUCAUCAUGGACAAGCCGGUCUAUUGCUCCAGGCUUUCAGUACCACCCUAAUCUACCCAUGCACGCUGUCAUAAUGGAAAAGUCCAAUGAUCAUUUCAUUGUGAAAAUACGCCGUGCGGCACCAUCUACCUCCCCUAGUCAUAAACAGAAUAUGGUGGCUGAUGAAUCUUUGCCAAGAGUGGAAAAGGAAGCUGAUGAAACAGUGGAGAAAAAAUAUAUUUCAUGUCAGUACAGAGUUUUUAAAUCUGUGGAGGAAUUGAAAAUUUCCAGUAAAAAUGUUGAUAGCAGUAAAUCAGUUCAUGAAGAACAGGACUGUACGAUACAAACAGAGGUUCCCGAUAUAUAUGAAUUUCUUAAAGAUGCUUCAGGUAAAGUGGUUCAUAGUACUGAAGUAGUUGAAGAAUGUUUCAAGUUGCAUCAAGUAUGGGAGCCAAAAGUACCUGAAAGCGUUGAAGAAUUGCCUCCAAUGGAAGAAAUUACACAUUCUGUCGAGGAUCAUCUUCCAAACGCAUAUAUAGACCUCACAAAAGAUCCAGUCACCGAGACCAAAAAGUUGGGGGAAUUCGUAGAAGUAACAGUUUUAAAUAUUGAGCAGUUGGGAUGUUCUGGAAGCAGUGUGGAUCAAAAUGCUCCAGUAUUAGACAAUAUGCAGCCUGAUACUGUAGAUGCUUUUAUUGAUUUGACACAAGAUGUUUCAAGUGACAGUAAAAAUGAAGGUAACUGUCCUGCUUUGGCUGUUGAAGACUUGGGGUGUCAGGUGAUAUGUGUAGAUGAAGAUAACUCAAAGGAAGAAAAGGUGCAAGUGGCAAACAGGCCUUUGGAAUGCAUUGUUGAGGAAGCCUGUAUCGAUUUAACCUCGGCAUUUCCCAGUUCGGGUGAAGUGAAAAAGGUUGAUUUAAAAUCAGAGCUGGCAUCAAAUUCUGGUAGUUCAGAGUUGCCUGGGGCUUUGGAUAAUGCUCACAAAAAGAGGAAAAAUCUUUCUGAUCUAAAUCCUUCUCAGAAAAAACAGAGAAAGGAAGCAGACUUAACCGGCAGGGAAAAGACUAAGAAAAUUACCCAAGAUUCUGGUGAGAAUGGUGAUGCUCACCGAAAGAAAGCCAGUAAGAAAAAGGCCCCUGUAGUAACUAAAGAUCCCUCGUCAUUAAAGGAAAGCCCAGGGACUAAGGAUGCCUCAGCAGCAUCUGCCACUUCUCUUACAGGCCUUUCUGCAAAGAAUGUUAUUAAAAAGAAGGGAGAAAUUAUAGUUUCGUGGACAAGAAAUGAUGACCGGGAAAUUCUACUGGAGUGUCAGAAAAAAGGGCCAUCGUUGAAAACAUUUUCUCAGUUAGCUGCCAAGUUGAAUAAAAAUCCGUAUCAGGUCUCAGAAAGAUUCCAGCAGCUAAUGAAGCUCUUUGAAAAGUCAAAAUGCAGGUAGUUAAUGGUUACACUACAGUAGGCUAGUAAAGUAAAUGUUUGACACUGUACCUGUGCAGUUAAUGGCCUGUUAGUCAUUGAAGAUGUGAGUGGUGGGUGAGAGACAUCCAGCUGAGUUCCUGUUUCAGUCACAGGUUGGAGAAUGGUUGCUCAUGCAGGCUUCUAAGGCACCUCAUCCACAGGGACGUGGUCAGUGAAACCUGCUGCAGUGCAGAUCAGCAUCUUUCCUUAGCCUUCUGAGUGUUGAUGAGUCUAAAGUGGGGGGAAAUCCAUUUGAUGAUUGAUGAUAAAUUUUUAUCGAUGAAGAAAAACAAAACAUUCUUGAGGGAAUUCCCUGGUGGCCCAGCGGUUAGGACUCUGUGUUUCCACUGCCAGGGGCCUGGGUUCUGUCCCUGGUCGGGGAACUAAGAUCUUGUGUGCCGCAUGGCUCAGCCAAAAAAAGAAAAAAAAGGCAAGAAAACAUUCUUGAAUAGCAUUAUAUUUCAUAGCCAGUGAAAUCUGUGCAGUCGUAAUUUAACAUAUUUUACAUUUUUAAUUAGGAGUGCUAAAAUACAAAACAUACAUUUAUAAACAUGAAGUCCAUUGUCAUCUGAAGAGGUGACAUGAUUUACCAUGUUACAUUAUUAAUAAUGUUCACAGACAUGUUUCUUUAAGCCAUUCUUAUACGGGUUUAUUAAGGCAAUAAUGUUUAUCGGGUAUUUCCUAUAAGACCUGAGCCAAUUGCUUAGAUAUUUUGGACUUUUAUGUAAGGAAGAUUGUAAAGAUAUUUAACAUAUCACUAUUUUUCAGUUGAUUUGUAGUCAUAAUUAUUUGAAUCCAGAAUGCCCAACUUUAAAUAAAACUAACUGAAGAAGAACCAUAUUUGGACAUUGAUCUCAUUGUGAAGGGUUCUGAAUACUUCUGAGUUAUAAAAAUCUGUUUCUAAACCCAGUGUAAAUUACUGUCUUUAGAUAAUCUGUUAAUUUCAGUAUCCUCUCAAAGCAACUAGUUUGUUAAUGAAAUCUUCAAAAGAUAUUUAGUAGUGUACUCUGACAUUAAAAUUCUGUUUAUAUAAUUCAGAAUGUAAGAUUGCAUAAUGAGGAAUUUGAAGAAAAAGCUUACUCUAAAGAACCUUUAAAAAAUAGUUCGAUGCAAAAAUGGCCUGCUUUUUUUUCAGAUUCACUAUGCUGUAAAUUUUUCACUGCCUUUAGAAAAUUAAACUGAGGUCUUUUUUGUUUUAUUUGAACGUUAUCUUAAAAUAUGACUUCCAUUCUCUUGUUGAAGAUAAUGUUCCCUUCAUGAACGAACUAACUUGUAUCUGGAAAUGACACUUAUUAGUUUGAAAUUUCCAAAUUCCAUUACAAAUCUACAAUCUUUUAAUGGAUUUGGUACUUGAGAUUUUAUUUGCUUGCAUGAUAGCACAAAUAGUGAGUUAUUUCAUUCCUAGUUUGUUUUUUUUAAAUUUUAUUUUAUUUAUUUAUUUUUUAUACAGCAGGUUCUUAUUAUCUGUGUUAUACAUAUUAGUGUAUAUAUGUCAAUCCCAAUCCCUAGUUUGUUUCUUAACUGAUUUUUUUUUCCUUCAGGUACUAUAGUCUCAUUACAUUCUUAUCAAAAUCAGAGUGUAAGGAUAAAGUUACCAAACUGAGUCUAUAAAAAGCUAGUUCUUUAACCACCAAUAUUUAUUAUCUAAGAGAACUCAUUUAAAAGAACAACACUUUAUGAGAUGGUCAUAUCAGAAAAAUAGAAUCAUAACUUUAGCAUUUUCUUACAUUACAGAUAAGUUGCUGAAUUCCUUGGAGUCUUAAUUGAUAUUGCAAACUACACAGAAGCUUGGAAUUCUUCAUGUUUUUAACGGGGAAGGAGAGGGCAGUUUUAUGACAUUUGAUUACCAGAUAAUAAUCUGCAUUUGUCAUAACUUGCUGACUCUUAAUCUCAAGCCAGCAUGUUCACCUUGUUCCUGACAUCAGUCUGAUUUGCUUAUCUGUUAUUGGUCAUGAUAUUUAUUUUUAAACAGGUUAGAACUUGUUAUUAAGAUAAAAGCAACAACAAAACAGUAUUGAAACCUUAGUUUUGAUAUUUCAAAGAAAUGACUUUCUUUCUAGAUUUUUAAAAAUAGUUUUGUAGAAUUUUAAGCUUAACCAUUAUUUAGUUCGUUUCAUCCAUUUUUAUUUGCUUUUCUAAUUGCCUGUCCUCAAUUUGGUAAAUUGUAAAAUAAUUUAAAUAGUGUAUCUGUAAAUAUGUAUAAUUAUAAUGAUGUAAAAUACUUUGUGUUUGUGUGUGUAUGUUUGGGUGUAUACACACACAUAAAUGGCUGUACCUAGCCAAGGACUUUUCUAUUUGUAUAAAACUUUUUAUAUAAAGUUUGCUUUCUUUACCAGUAAUGUAUAAAUAAAACCAUGUAAAGUUCUGUUA